AUGGCGGACGACGGCUACGGCUCCCGCGAGAAUCUGCGUCGACGCUCUGCUGCUCAGAGCGUCGAUUCCGACACUCCCGCCGCCGCUGGCUUUUACCAGCCCGGUCAACCCAUCGGUUUCAUCCGCGCUCGCGGCAGUCCUUACGAGAAGAAGUACUUUUCCAGAAAGCUCGGCUUCUGCUGUCUCUUCCUCGCCCCUGGUGUCCUCCUCGUCACCCUUGCCAUCACCCUCCUACCCGUCCUCUACGCCGUCGCCAACCAUGCUCUCCACACGGCUGUGCUUCACGUCUACGAGUCCAACAUCACCUCGCCCGGCAACACCUCGUUCCCGCUCACCCUCGAAGGUCAGACCAAGAAGGUCGGCAUCUUCCCCGCCCACCUCUACUUCCGUGAGCCUGUCCAGGUCUAUUGGGUCCUCCCACCUCAGUCAGGUCAGGUCGCCUCGCCGGAGACUUUGACCGAAGUGAACCUCGGUCAAUUCCGUCUCGACUACAUUGGUGCCGCUGCAGGCCACGCACGCAUCAAGCAGGCCACCAACUUUGAAAUCCACGAUGUCGAUGGCUUCAGCGAGUUUGCCAAGUUCCUCAUCUCUCAACCCGAGUUCACAUGGAAGCUCAAUUGCUCUAGCGUCCAUGUCGAGGCCUUCUCGUUCUUGCCCACCUACAAGAACCUCGUCUUCAACAAGCACAUCAUCAUCAAAGGUUUCAACAACUUCGAAGACGUCGAGAUCCUCGACUUCCAGCUUCCUGGCAAUGACCCUGCCGGUGGUGUUACCCUUUCGGUCACGACUUCACUCGUCAACCCUUCGCCUUUCGGUGUCCAGCUCGGCACGCUCAACCUCGGCCUGUACUACCAGGGCAUGUACCUCGGUCCUGCUUCGACCACCAAUCUGAACGUCUCCGCAGGUCGAAACGUCAUCACGCUCAACGGUCGGCUCGUUCCCCAUACCGACAAUGCCACAGAGCUCGACUUGCUCGGACAGCUCUUCACCGGCUACAUCAACGGCGAGACGUUGCCUACACAGGCGCGCGGUGUCUCCGUCCAGCAGGCCGAUGGCCAGUAUGUUGGCUGGCUCAGCAGCGGUAUCACAGCUCUCGAGCUCGCUGUACCGCUCAAGGCGCCCCAGCCCAUCAACCCGAUUAAGGGCAUCAGCAUCGGCACGCUCGCCCUCCUCUACACACCCCAGACCGCUUACAGUCCCACAGCCUACUCGAGUGCGCUUUCGGCGACGCUUGGCCUGCCCUUCGGUUUCUCGUUAUCGAUUGUCAACACGGCCACCACCUUUACCAUCCUGUUCGACGGUGCUCAGGUGGCCACCAUCAACUCGGCCUACUCAAACACCAGUACGACGCUCUCGCUCGUCAGCGCUGGCCAGACGGCAGGUACGCUCGACCUCACGCUCCCCCCUUCCACGCUGACGCUCGCCAACAACACCGCCGCUGGUCGCAAAGAGCUCGAGGACUUCCAGGAGUACUUUACCUUCAGCAGCGGAACGGGUAUCCGUCUGCAGGGCGCCGCCAAGGCCGUCACCGACACUCCCCUUGGUCGUGUGCUGCUCAACGGCAUCAUCUUCGACGUCGACAGCGGUCUCUUGGGUCUCCAGGGUCUCAAUGCCUACCCUACGCUCAUCACGAGCGUCGAUGUCACCGGCGGUACUCGAGACGGUAUCAGUCUUGCGGUGGGAACGACGCUCGUAAACCCUUCCAACUUGAACCUGACCGUCGGCGACAGCUCUUUCCAGCUCGUCAACCGAGAUGUUCUCGGCACCGUCACCAUCCCCGGCCUCGACUUGAUGGUUGGCAGGAACGACGUCAACGCCACCUCGACCUUUGACGCCAACGCGAGCCCUUACGGUCUCGAAACGCUCAACCGCUUCAUCUCGGGUCAGGACACCCAAUUGGGCAUCAACGGUUACCAAGGCUCCACCAACGUGCAGUCGUUGCUUCCUGCCCUUUCGCGGCUUCGCCUCAACGCCACGUUGCCCGGCCUCAAGACGACGCUCGUGCGCUCGGCUAAUCUGACUGUUUUGGACACCACCGGCAUCACCAACAACCUUGCCGACUCGACCGUCUUCCUCAACAACCCCUUCACUGCGCCGCUGACCAUCACGCGCAUUCGCUCCAACGUCACCUCGCACGGCAUCUUUGUGGCCAGCAUCGACACGCCGCUCAACUUUGUUGCGCAAGGUCGCGCUGUCACCCAGUCCCCGCCAAUCUCGCUCGGCCUCAACCUCUAUCCACCCGACAUCUUUGCGCUCGUGCGUGCGCUUGCCGUGCAGAGCGGUCAGAACCCGGCCUACAUCGAUGGUGUUGUUCAGCUCGGUGGCUACACCCUAUCGCCCACCACCUCGGCUAAUACGCGCCGUUCGCUCAGCUCGGAAGACGCCGAGGCUAGCUACGACUACGAAGAGGACAACGAGCUGGCUCACGCCAUGAUGGAUGGGGUCAACAACGCCGAGACGCUCGCCCAUGUUGCUGAUUGGGCCGAGCGCGAUGAGCCCAGCGCGAUCGAGGAGGCCGGCAAGCUCACCAAGCGUGCCAACCUCUACACUGGCUUCGAUCUGCCCACCUACGUCUCCCGCGCCUUCCAGUCGGCCACAGCCAACCUCGAGAUUGUCUCGCAGGCUAACAUCGGUGACUACUCUACCACGCUCACCUUCGCGCAGCAGAACGUGCCGCUUGGUACUGAUGUCACGCUCAACAAGCUUCUCCCCGUCCUGGCCGGUCCCAUCGUGCAGAAGAUUGUCGACAACUCGAUCCUCAACAUCGACCGAGUCACCAUCCUCAAUCCUCAGCAGAACACAUUCCAGACCGCUUUGCAGGGUACCAUCACCAAUUCGGGUCCCUUCGAUGCCACCAUCGCCUUCACCAACGGUCUCAACGUCACCUGGAACGGCCGACUUCUCGGUCAGAUUGCCAUGCCCAACGUCUCGCUCGCCGGCGACGUCGGUGCCACGCUCGAGAUUCUGGCAGACUUUGCCGUCGCCGACGUCGGAUACCUCACCGAGUUCACCCGCUACCUGCUUACCGAGCAGAGUUUCGUGUGGAACAUUGCUGGUGACGGCCUCAGUGUUGCAGCUCUGGGCAUCGCAGUCAACGACAUCAGCAUCUCCAAGAACGUCAUCCUAAGCGCCUUCAACGGUCUCAGGGACAGCGUCAUCAUCAACUCGUUCGAUCUGCCCUCCAACGAUCCUGCCGGUGGUAUCCAUCUCACCGCCGCGACCACCAUCUACAAUCCUUCGCAGGUCGGUGUCCAGCUCUCCCGCUUCGGUGUCAACCUGGAUCGCAACAACACCUUUAUCGGUCCCUCGGCCGCCCAGGAUACGUUCGUGCUGCAGGCGCUUGCGGUCACCACGCUUCCACUCGUGGGUCGCUUGGUUCCUCAGAACUCCGAUCAGGGCCUGGCCGUCGUCUCGGAGAUCUUCACGCGCUUCGUUGCUAACCUUAACACGGAGGUAAUGGUACUAGGUGACUACGCCGGCCCGGAGAGCGUAAGCUGGCUCAACGACGGUAUCAAAUCGCUUGCGGUUCAGGUCUCGCUGCCAUCGCAGAAGUUCACCGUCAUCCGAACUAUCUCGAUCAACCAGAUCUCGCUCUUCUUCACCACGCAGACCGCCUGGAACCCGCCGACGAGCUCCAACGAGACGCAGUCGCAGUUCUUCCUCCCCUUCGCGUUCCCUCUGGAUAUCCAGCAGGUCGGUGGUGGCUUCAUCGCCAACUACCAGAACCAGGACAUGGCCGUUCUCGAUAUCCCGCUCUCGCCAUCGAUCACCGACGUCACAGCGCGUAUCUUGACGCUCAUGUUCAGCAACGUGCCCUUCUCGGUCUACGGCAACCAGCAUUCCAGGUUCUCCCAGUUCCUUGCUGACACCACAGCGAACAAUCAGGUGACAUUCAACCUGAACGGUAAUGCCAACACCAAGGCCAGCACCGCCGUCGGUCUGCUGUCCAUCAACAACAUCCCGUUCAACGUCGACACGAACUUGUUGGGUCUGCAGAACCUCAACGCUCGUCCCGCCAUCGUCUCCAAUCUGGACGUGUUCCACGGCUACCCGUCGUACCUCCAGAUCAAUGUCGAUACGACGCUCUUCAACCCUUCGCACAUCACGAUUGGCACUGGCGAUGUCACGUUUGACGUCUACUACUUGAACCGCAAGAUUGGUACCGCCGUCAUCAAUGGUCUCGUGCUCGUGCCUGGUGUCAACAUCGUGCCUACCGAGGUGCGCUACUCGCCGCAGGGUGCCGACAACACGCGUGCUGGUCAGACGCUGCUCGAGAACUACGUGCAGGGCAUCGUCUCGAACACGAUUAUCCAGGGCACGCGCGACACCACCCCCAUCGAGUCGCUCAAGCAGGCGCUCUCGGGUAUCCGCCUCAAUGCAGACAUUCCUCCCCUGAUGCAGCUGCUGAUCACGAGGGCCAGGCUCACCAUCCCUCCCAACAUCGCCCAGACCGGUAUCGCUCAGGCGAACUUCGACCUGCGCAACCCCUUCACGGCUUCGAUCAACCUGCUCAGGGUCAAGGCAGACGCCUCGUACCAGGGCAUCUUCCUCGGUGAGAUCAAUCAGGAUGUCUCGAACAACCCGAUCCGCGCUCCCGGUCAUACCACCAUCACUUCGCGCUUCCUGCCGUUCAACUUUGACCUCGACCCCAAGAACCUGAUCCGCUUCGUCCAGGCGGCUGCUGCCACACAGGGGGUCGACCUGGGUCCUCUGCCACCUCUCUUCGCACAGGUGUUGGCCCAGGCCUCGACACAGACGACCAUCAGCCCGUACCCUGACUUCAAUCCUCCCAAUUGUGUUUCCGGUAGGCAGUUCGACGUGCUCGACGCCAUUCUGCGUACGUUGCAGGGUCUCACCACGAGGCUGGAUAUCCAGUCGUCCCUCAAGCUCGACGAUUACUUCACCAACCUCAACUUUGCGCAGCAGCCUGUGCCCACCGACACGGAUCGUACCGCUCUCUACCUGCUUGGUCCAGCAGGUGCGCCAAUCGUGCAGAACAUUGUCGACCAGGCUAUCCUCAAGGUCAACAUCGCCAACAUCACCAGUGUCACCAACACUGGCUUCGACGUCUCGCUCGCCGGUUCGCUCACCAACACCGGUCCAUUCGACGCGUACAUCGAGUUCACCGGCCCGCUCACCGUCACCUGGCAGGGCAGAAACAUCGCCCAGCUCACACUUCCCCCUAUCUGUGCAUUUGCCAACGAAGGUGUGCCCGAUCUGAGGACGAGCGGUCACUUGACCAUCACCGACCUCGGCGGUUUCACCGACUUCGCCACGUACAUUCUGCACAACCCUGGAUUCCAGUGGACCGUCUCGUCGAACAGAGUCACCGUACGCGCGCUGCAGAUCAUCUACAGCAACGUCAUCCUCUCGAAGAACAUCGACUUCUUGGCGUUCAACAACCUGCCCGGUGUUACCACGAGCAACUUUGACGUCUACGGAGAGACCAGCAACUCGCUGCUCAUCCGCACCGAUGCAGCGAUCCCCAGUCCGGCCACGCUCGGUAUCCAGCUGGACACCGCCAACUUUGAGAUCUUCUUCAUGGGUACCGACAUCGGUCCGAUCCACUCGACCAACCUCUUCCUUGCGGCGCUCACCACCACCAACACGGUGCUCGAAGGCUCCAUCACGGCCAAGUCGGGUCGCGACCUGCAGAACACCGGUAUUCUCUUCACCAACUUCUUGCAGGGUCGCACCCAGAUCCUCCAGGUCUCGGGUAGGUCGGUUGUCACCCAGGCCAACGGAAAUCAGCCCGUCAACUGGCUCAGUGCCGCUUUCCGCACGCUCACCAUCGACGUCACGCUUCCCGGCAAGAUCUACCAGAUCAUCUUCUCGAUCACGCUGUCGGAUCUUACCGUGUUUGUCAACGGAAACCCGGCCGAUUCGUACACGGUGCCUUCGAGUUCGAACUCGACCAUCGCGACGUUUGCCAAUCCGUUCAUGUUCAGCUUGCAGCCCAUCCAGGCCUCGCCGCACAUCAACCUGUCGUACGCCGGUGGUGACACGGCAUACUUGGAUCUGCCCUUGGCCAACGUGCAGGCGGGCACCUCGCGAGGUCCGCAGGACUUCCAGGCCCUGCAGCUCAUGUGGCGCAGGCAGAACAUUGUUGCCGUGGACCGACCCAACUUCCAGGCGUUCUUCGCUCAGCUCACCGACACGCCGCGUGGAACGUUCGAUCUGCGCGGUGGUACCGAUGUCGUGGCAAAGACGGUCAUCGGCAACAUCCCCAUCGGCGGCAUUCCUUUCAACGUCACCACCUCGCUCGCCGGUAUCAACAGCUUCAACGGUGUCACGACGCUUUCGGACGUCAUGGUCAGCAGUGGUACUGCAGCCUUCCUGUGGGUGCCACUCAAGGUGACGCUCGAGAACCCUUCGAACUUGACCGUCUUCACCAACGAGGUCUUCCUGCCCGUGCUCUUCUCCGGCACCGUGGUGGGUCGAGCCGAGAUCCCGGUGCUCGGCCUCAUUCCCGGAAGCAACUUGGUCCAGUCGUACUUCUACUACGCUCCCGCCAACGCCAACGACACGACGGCGCAGUUGCUGCUCAACCGCUACGUUCAGCCUUCGCUGUCGGACGGUACUUCGCCUCAGUCGGCUCCGCUUGUCAUUGACGGUUCGCAGGGUCCUCAAACCAACUUGACGCCGUACGAUUCGCUGCGACCUGCCCUCGCCGGUAUCAAGCUGACCACGACGCUCCAAGGUAUCGGCUCGAGGAUCGUCACACACAUCAAUGUCUACUUGACGGCGCAGACAGUCAUCACCGGUUUGGGGAGCUUGCUCGGCCUUCCCGGUGCCGGUCCUCCCCUGGUGGAGAUUGAUCUUACCGCGCAGAACCAGCUGCAAACCAACCUGUACAUCGUCGCUUUGCAGACGACGGCCAAGAAGGCGGGCUCGCAGCCCAGAGAUGCAUCGAGCGCGGAUGCCACGGUCUCGUACACCUUCCCCCAGCCAUUUGGUGUCAACGCCGGUGGUCAAGCCACUUCCGGAAGGGUUCCCAACGUUGCCUUGCCCAAGGGUCUCAUCGCAUCGCUCCCAGUCAUUGGCUCGAACUUGGACAUCUACAACCACAUCCCCGUUCGUUUGGGUCCUUCUGCUGGCGACAGCUACCUGGCACCUGGCCUCGAGUAUGACGAGCUGAACGUCCCCACGACCUACCUGAUCGACACUGGUAUUGCGCAGAUCCCGCUCAACCCUGUACAGACGAUCGGCGAUUUGAUCGGCGCGCUGCUCGGCGCCGGUGGUGAUAUCACAUCCACUCUCCAGCAAGUGCUCGGCAACCUGGCGCAAGGCAACGUGAUCGGCGGACUGGAUGCGGCUGGCAAGGGUCUGCUGUGCACGCUCGCCGACGCAGGCGGAAACCUCGGAAUUGGCAUCCUCAACCCGAUUCGACAGCAAGCCCAAUGCCCAGGUUACUCAUCCCUGGCCAGCAGCGCAAGCUCCACCACCAACCCAGCCUCGGCGGCCGCUUCGGCCGUCUCGGGUGUCGUGUCUUCGGCCACGGCGGGUCUUGCUUCCGCUGCGUCACAGGGAGCAUCGGCUGCUGGCGGCGCCGUCAAUUCGCUCACCCAGGCUGCUGCAAGUGCCGUCAACACUCUUACCGGAGGUGGUGGCGGCGGAACCACGGCUGCCACGACCACCACCGGUGGAGGCUCUCUUUCCUUUCGGCCCGCGAUCCUUUCUCUUUCUUCUGCUUUGUCUUUCUCUUGGAAUGAUAUUUUCUGGUUGAACCAUCUCAACGCCCGUGUCGGAUUUGUGACCGAUGUAUCUGGUCGGAUACUGGCGCCUGCGAAACCGCCCGAUCAGCAGGCCAAGUCCGAGAACGCCGGUGGCAUUGUGAGUCUGUCCAUGCAAUCGACCGGCUGCACGUUGGGCUUGCCUGACGUGUUUCCAAACAUCGACGUCGACUUCGUCUGUUGA